GAAAAAAGAAAGGAAGUGAAUGGUUCCCGACUCCCGAGUACGUUUGAUGGGGACCGUAGAGGAGGAGAAGAUAAUUAGGAGGAAAACAGGGGUGACGUGGCAAAACAGAAACAAAAGCUAUUUCUUUUUUCUCCUCCUCCUCCUCCACCUCCCCGUCCCCGGAAAAACCAAGAAAUGAGCUAUCAACACUACCCACCACCAGGGUAUGGGUCUACAUACCCACCCCCUGCUCUCCCGCCAGGCUACUCAUCAGCACAUGGCCAUCCACCACAAUAUAUGGGUUUGGGUUACCCACCUCCUGCUGCUGCUGCAGAUCCAUAUUCUUAUCCACAGCCACAGCCACAGCCACAGCCACAGCCACAACCUCAGCCUCCGGGUUAUCAAGGAUACUUUGCUCCAGAUCAGUAUCCUCCACCUUCUCCUCACCCCAUUCCUUGCCAAGUUUAUCACUGUGAACAUUACGAUGAUCAUGAUGACUGCUCCUCUUUCCUUAGGGGCUGUCUGGCUGCCCUUUGCUUCUGUUGUGUCUUGGAGGAAUGCUUUUAAGCUCACUUACAAAAACCUACAAGAUGUGAUUAGAGAUUUUUGUGUAAUGUUUUCGUUGUGUUUUGUUAUUCCUGUCCUCAUACAUCCAUGUUUUAAGAAGCAUAGUCGAUUUUUGUUUAUUUAUCAUACCUAGGCUAGGCUACUGCAGCGAAUUUGCAUAAACUUACUAAAUUAGUAUUUCAUAAGCAAGUACAUAAACGUUCUUUUCAGC